AUGGCGCUCCGUGUUGAUUCGCCUUACAUCGUUGUCCCGGUGCCCGAUCCCCACUUGUGGCAAUGGUUUCUGUGGCAAACUUGGUUGCCAUUCCACAUCGCCAUGGCUUUGCAUCGGUGCAUGCCAUGCCAAUGGUCUGGCUUUCAUGAUGGGCCCCGUCCGCAGUCAUGGCAAGCCUGGGGCGCACCCCCUUCCAGCCCUGCGGGUGGCUCACCUGUGAAGCUGUCUUUGGAGCGCUACCUGUUCUUUCCCGAUCAGAUUUUGCCGUCUGCUCCAAAUUCUCCACAGGCCUUGUGCGUGGCGAUGGACAAAAGCAAGAAACGACUUUCCCAAGGCCAACUUGAUCAAGGGCCGAGUUUUGACGACGAGUUGUUGGAACAUGGCAUGCAGGACGGUAUGGUGUGCUUUUGUCUGAUGGUGGCAAGAUCGCAGUUUGCCCUUGUCAUCUGCAGCCUCUGCAUGGAAGAAGACAUUGCUUGCUCAACGACUUGCAGUGCCAUUGGAGGUGAGAAGUUGCUUGACGUCGGUAGCAGUGUGCGCCUGUUCGGCCUCUCCAACAACGCUCUGAAUGGCUUUGAAGGCACCAUUGUCACCAACCGGGGCUCCAAUCACAGGUAUGGAGUUCGGCUUUCAAAUGACCGAUGCGUUUCGAUUCGCGAUCGCAACCUGGUGCAGAUUGAUGAACUGAUGACAUAG